AUGACUAGAAUAAAUUUAUAUAGUAAAAUGAAGUUGGAUUCAUCUUAUAAGUUAAUUCAAUUGACACCAGAUCUAUUGAAAGUCAUUGAACAAUCUACUAAUAAUAAGAAAGAGAAGAAGGAGGAUGAGAAGGAUGAAAAUAGUAGUAAUGGUCAAGGCUAUAAGACUUUUCCUACAGGAUUGGCAUUUAAGACGAUAGAUAUGAAAGCUAAUCAGAUAAAUAAAAAUGAUGUUGUACUUUGUUCUUCAAAUAAAACAUGGUUAUUGAGACAAAAAAAUCAUUCUAAUACAGUUUUAUUGAUGAAAGAAUAUAAACCCGAUAAAAAGAUUGUUUUACCUGAAAACUUGUUAUUUGGUAAAAAGGAGCAGCCAACUUUAGAUUUACUUGGCUUUAGUAAAACCACAUAUGAAUAUGAGACAAAACCAAUUCAAGGAAAGAUAAAUCUAGAUUUGAUUCCUAUAUUUGAUGGCGAAUUGAACUUUGGGAAAGAUUUUAUUUAUCAAGAGAAAGAUGAAGACAGUAAUAAUAAUAAUAAUAAUAAUAAUAAUAAUAAUAUAUCAAGUCGAUAUUUAAAAAAUUUUGAUGAAUUGGUGGAAAAUAGUGCUUGUUCAAGAGAAGAAUGUUUAAAGGAAUGGCAUGAAAUGGGUGGAUGUAAAAUUAAUGGAUAUAUAUGUAUUUUCUCAGAAGCGUUUAUGACAAAGGCAUUACAUGUUACAUUGGUGAGUAUAUUAGGUGGAUCAAUUGAUAUGAAUGAAUUAGAUUUAAAAGAGACUUUUAAAUUAGUGACAAGAGAUAUUGAUGAAGAUUACAAUCCAUAUACAUUGGAAGUAAUUAAAACAGUUCUAAAUAAAUUUGGUACCAAAAGAUUGAAUGAUGGGAAAAUGGUUGGUAAUGACAAUAAUAAAAUAUGUUGGAAGUUAAAUAUGGAUAUUAUAGCGAAAUGGUAUGGUAAGCAGGCCCUACUAAAAUAUGCAAGUCAACAUAGUGUACCUAUUGAUGAAUUUUUAAUUAAAUGGAAGUCCUUAUUCCCACCGUUUUUUCCAUGUGAUAUAGAUAUUGAUAUGUUACGUGGUAUGAUAUAUAAACCGGAUGUUAAUUCGAUUCAAUACAUGUCACGAGAUAUAUUACCAAUGGAACCUAAAGAAAGGUUCAAACUUUUGUUUAAAUUACAGAGUAAUUGGUUAUUGGAAGAUAUUGCACCAUAUGUUGAAGAGUUAAAUGUAAGAGGAUUAAAAUUAGAUAAUUUUAUAAUGAAAUAUGCACGUCGUAGAAGAGUCACGUCACCUAAUAGCAAAAGUAAGAGUCUAAUAAUUAUAUCAAGUAGAUAA